UUGGAUUGGACAAUACUAAAAUUUCUGUUUGGUGGUAUGGUGACCGCACAAAUGUUAAUCACGUGGUAAAGAAAACUCGCAUUACGAGUAAUUUAGAAAUGAAAAAGAAUUAGGAUUUAAUUAAAUCUCUAAAUUCGAACAGAAUGUCUUCUUCCACUAUUCUUACCGGACUUCUCCACCUUCAAUCACUACCUGCCCUUACCCACCUUGCCGACAAGAUAAAUCGCUGCCAGACCAUCACCAUGCUCGCCAUCAACAAUGGUGCCAUGAACGCCCUCCUUGACAAGCACCUCAUCCUCCCUAACCUAAAAAACAUCCUCUCCCUCCAAGUCCUCACGACUACUUUUCACUCAAUAGUUAUGGUUUUCUUCAUCAUUCAUGAAAUUUACCAUUACCAAGGUUUUCACACAAAGAACUUUUCUUUUAUAACAGGCAAUCAAGUAUAUAAAGAAGUUGAAGAAAAAUCAAGAGCAUAAAAAGGUGGCGUCAACGGCACAAGCGUGAGAUCCAUGGUGUCGCGGUGGCUCUCUGUGUGUGUAGUGGAUGAUGGAGAAAUUGAGUUACCAUGAAUAAUGACGAUGCUUCCGACGUGGGUAAGGUCGUCGACAAUUUUCAUGGCUCUAAUAAGUGGCGUGAAUAAACCCUAACCCUAAUAAUGUCGAAACCUACCUCCCUUAAACGGAUAUAAGCAUCCGUCAACGGAUGUCAACAUCCGUUUAAAGUGAAACGGAUGUCAACAUCCGUUUAAGGUGAAACGGAUGUCAACAUCUGUAUAAGUGAAAUGGAUGUCUAUAGUCACCAUCACUACCAUCAUUGCCAGAGCUUGGUGUCGAUACCACAAAGAAAAAGAAAUGGAGCUUCAUUUGAAGUAAAAGAGUUACAGGAUUUACAAGAGCAAAACGCCAACAUAGAAGGUAAGUUCUCCUUCUUAAAGCUUCAUCGCUCACAAAUUAUAAACGCUGGAUGUUUGCAAUCUACUCGUAAUUAGUUUUCUGCUUUGAUUUGGUGAUGCUUAGCUUUGUUUGCUCGCAUUGAACAUGUAAUUAUGUUGAAUAUAUAUGAUCUGGUUCUUCAUACUCUUUGCCACUCAUCUAUCCCCAAUAACACAAACAUGGCCUCAUCCUAAGCAUCUAUCCAUUGAUCCAAGACAGAGCACAAAAACAUUGAUCAUCACCCAAAAAUAUAAUAAUAAAAAAAAUGAUGAUGAAGGGAGAAGUAAUCAGAAAGAGAAACAUAGAACAAUGAGAAGAAUUGUUCUGAGAAAUGCAACUAUGUUCACACGCAACCUUCUUCACUCUGCCCCUACACCUUCCGCUUCAACUCCCCUGCGACCAAAACUCUUCUCCUCCAAUGGAAUUCCCUCGCCGGUUCUACAAAACCGGGACGACGUCGACAAUAAAGAGCUCAAGAGGCGGAUUGAGGGAUACAUGAAGGGCGACGAGCAGGUGCUGCCAUCGAUCAUGGAGGCGACUUUGCAGCGGAAGCUGUCGGGGAGGCACGAGGAGAUUGAUGACGAGUUGAUGGGGGAGCUCCGCAUGCGCCCCCUUAACAAAGUCGAAGACGAGGACUUCGAGUCUGAUUUCGAGGAGUUCCAGGAAACCGAUGAGGAGCUCGACGAUUUGUGCAACGCCAGGGAUGCAGUGAUGAAGAGGAUGGUGACGUCAUGACCGACGGUAGCUCCGAUGGCGCUUGGUGUCGUCGGCGACGCAGUGAACCAAGCAGAGAGGCCGUUGUGGUGGUUGGUCAGAUGGGAGCGGCGGCACGCCCCUGCUGGGAAGCAAAUCUCGCUGCUUUUCUUUUUCUCUCGAAGGAGACUCAUCUGGGCUGAUUGAAGAAUGAGGGGAAAGUGAUAGAGUUUGGAGAGUUUGGAGAAGUCGGCCAGGGAAAAAAAGUGUGACGGAGAUGGAGAAGAGGAGACGGAUCUCAAAAGGGUAGGGUGUAACUGAGGAGAGAGUAAAAGUGAGAAAGAAAGAAGAAAGGAAAAAGUCUCUUUAACAGUUCUUUUUUUAC